GGACAGCCCACCGGAAGCGCCGAACGGGUACCGAGUCGGAAGCAAGCAAACCUCAAGACACACGUCAACAACUUUACCAAACAUCAGUCACGACCAACCUAAGACAUAUCGAUCAAUGCUUGGUUUUGGAUCGAAGUUCAUACCUACAAAGCUUCCUUCCAUCAGCCGCAUAUUUAUCUCCUUUCACGUUUCCCCUUGUCGCACAGUUACUGCCCUGCCUGACCUCACGUUCACCACUAGAGGUACCCAGCUCUUUCAGCUGAACAACUACAAAGGGCGUGCAAUACAUUCGAAUGAAACCAUGGGCACAACCAACGGCACCACUCAGUCAACUGGGGCGCUCGAUGAGGGCCAGAUUUUCGAAUGGUAUCCCCUUGAUUUGGUACGGGAUUAUGAGCAGCAGAAGCAACAUGACCAUAAUGAUCAACUGCAGAACGGCUCCAAUGGAACCACUCACAAGCCCGAACCAUUCGCACUAGUCGUCCUCAAUCAGCCACUUACUCAUUUGGGUUUGGUGAAGCGUCUAUGGAAGAACGCAUCUAUCCGCGUCGCUGCCGACGGAGGCGCAAACUGUCUGUAUGAUGUCGCUGGCAAGAAUGGCGAUCAUGACUUUGACGACCUCACAGCAAUAAUAGGUGACCUCGACUCCCUCACCACCGAAACCCGCACCUACUUCACCACCCACUCCUCUUCUCCCACUGCCAGCCAAACUGCAAUCAUCCACGAACCCAGCCAAUACUCAACCGACUUUGCCAAGUCCGUUGACUACCUCCGCGGCCCCUCUUGCUCCAAACCGGACGCUCCACCCCCGGACAUCGUCGCUAUCGGCGGUCUCGGCGGCCGCGUCGACCAGGGCCUCUCCCAGCUUCACCACCUCUACCUCUUCCAGUCCUCGCCCACCUAUGCGGACGGGAGGAUGUACCUUUUCAGCGGGGAAUCGCUCACUUUCCUGCUCAAAUCGGGAACCCAUCGCAUCCGGGUGCGUGAGCCAGGCCAGGCGAAUCAACCGGAGAAAGAUGUAUUCGCCAAGUGGGUGGGGAUCUUACCGGUCAAAGAACCGAGCAGGAUCUGGACAAAAGGAUUGGAGUGGGAUGUGGAGGAUUGGCCGACUGAGUUUGGCGGGCAGGUUAGCACGAGCAAUCAUGUCUUGCCGGAGACGGAGGUGGUGGAGGUUAGGGCGACGAAGGAUGUCUUGUUUACUAUUGCGCUGAGGGACCUUUAGGGGGUGUCCUUUGGUGUGGUGGGGAGGAGACGCAUGACGGGGGAUUGGUUGGGUAGUUGGGUAUAAGUUAUAACCUCAAGGAGAGGAGAGGCCUGACUCGACCACCCGCGAGGAAAGAUCAGAGGUGAAAAUAGAGGGUACUCUGCUGUCAAACAACUACUGUUCCGGUCAUUUUUUCUGCGUCCCGUACAUGGUGGAUGAAGGGAAAGGGCAUAUGGUACCUUUGUUUUGAAUUGUUCACGCAUUGCUGCCCAUGAUAUUAGACCAUGUUUGUUUAGUUAAAAAGUAAACCAGGCCAAGCCCAACACCCAA